AAAGCGGUGUGGAGGAGGAAGAUGGGGUGUGAGAUUUAUCGGACUAGAGCUCAGCAUAAAAGCCAUAUGCGGAAGCAACAAGGAGAUUGAGGGAAAAUUAAGGGAUCUGGGAGGAAAGAGCAGGACAGGCCUGGGUCAAUGGGAAAACGUGACCGAGAGUUAAUAAACAGGGAUAGGAGAAGAUUAGUGCUACUCCGAUAGAAACUAAAUCAGAGAGAAUCAAGAUCGUGGGUGGGCAAUUCCAGUCCCGGAGGGCCGGUGUGUUUGCAGGUUUUUGUUUCCACCAGUUACUCUGGCUAAAUGAGCUAGUUGGCCGUAUACACACCAACACUAGUUCACUGAGAUUAGAUCACAGUAAAACCAUAUCAUACAAGGACACAAGAACAGUUUGACUGGCAUUAAUGCAUUCAUCAAGAAAUGUAGCUAAAAUAUCAGACGGCAUAAAUGUUAGAGCCGAUUAAGUAAUUAAGGCCAGUGGUUGGCAUGAAAACUAGAAACAGACACGGCUGUCGUUGCCCACCUCUGAUCAAGAUGGUGGUUCUUGCAGCAAGAGGGAUUUGGGGUAUUUCUGAUGUGAAGGGGGAUGAGAUGCAGGAAUUUUUUGUGUUUUUUAUUUUAUGUAUACGUGAAUGUGCUGUAUAUUUAUAAUGAUUAGAGAUCGCACGGUAGAUUCAGUAGGUGGCGGUAACGCACAAAUCGUCUGCGAACCGCAGUUAACACAUCACUAAAGAAGAAGAAUGCUGAAGCAGUCUCACUGAGUGCAGAGGUUACAUCUUGCAGUCAAUCGAACAGGCGAAGUUUCAGCCAAUUUCUUAUGAAAUGGUUCUGACAACAUUAUCGCUCGUUGGCGCCUGGCAGUGCACUGGAUUCAAGUGACACGGAAAACGGGGACAUCUGUAUGAAGCAACGCGCAAUGGCUCAAGCAAAGACCUGGAUUCUUCGGCAUCACUUUGACGGCUUCCCCAAGGACAGCGACUUUGAGCUCAAAGUGGAACAGAUCCCUGAGCCCAAAGAUGGGGAGAUUCUUCUGGAGGCCGUAUUUCUCAGCGUUGAUCCUUACAUGAGGCCGUACAGCAGAGCGCGCAUGAAAGAAGGUGACGUGAUGAUCGGGACUCAAGUUGCCAAGGUGAUCCAGAGCAAAAACCCCGGAUUCCCGGUCGGGUCCCAUGUGGUUUCCCGACACGGCUGGAGGACUCUCACCCUCUCGGAUGGCGCAGAGAUACGGAAGCUCUCGGGCUGGCCUCAGGACUGCCCCAUGUCCCUGGCCCUGGGAGCCAUCGGCAUGCCUGGGUUGACCGCCCUGUAUGGCCUGGAGGAGGUGUGUCAGCUUCGAGCCGGAGAAACGCUCCUGGUGAACGCUGCGGCGGGAGCGGUUGGGACUGUCGUCGGGCAGAUUGCCAAAAUCAAGGGCUGCAGAGUGGUGGGCUGUGCUGGAACUGACGCCAAGGUGUCGUACCUGAAAGACCUCGGGUUUGAUCACGUUUUCAACUACAAGACCAUAACCUCACUGGAGGAGGCCCUGAAGGCUGCCGCCCCGGACGGAUACGAUUGCUACUUCGACAAUGUCGGGGGAUCAUUCUCCAGUGUGGCCAUUCCUCAGAUGAAGCUGUUUGGUCGGAUUGCUGUGUGUGGGGGCAUUUCUCUGUACAAUGACACCACUCCCCAAACUGGUCCGUUUUUGCAGCUUCAGAUGGUAUUCAAGCAGCUGAAAAUGGAAGGAUUUCUUGUCGGUCGAUGGGAGCACAAGAAUGAGGAAUCUCUCCCACGGCUAAUCUCAUGGAUGAAAGAGGGGAAGCUGAAGUGCAAGGAGCACGUCACCACUGGCUUUGAGAACAUGCCAGCAGCCUUCAUGGGGAUGCUGAAGGGGGACAACAUCGGGAAGGCCGUCGUCAAAGUUUGACGAUUCGUUCAGCACUUGUCCUCCGCUGUCCUCCAUUGGUACAUGGGAAAGAAACAAAGUUUCAAAAGUUCAAAAUGGUGCACUGUGUGUGAGCUUGUGAACAAUCAAACCUGAAUUAAUGUUUUGCAGGUUCACCAGUCCAGAAAAUAAACGAAACUUGAGUUAA